UGUAAUUUUGCAGUUUGCUUUCUUAUUCAAAGAUUCACUUUGAUUUCUUUCAUUUCUUUCUGUAAGUUUUUUGGUUCACAAAACUGAUAAUAUAUAUAGUACUUGCUAUUUUUGGAAUUUGAUUUGAAGUGCAAGGAGUUCAGCUGGCUUGUGGUCUUCGAAUGCUCCUUUGGGUGGAUUUUUUUUUUCCUUGUCUACUUUCUCUCUCCUGAACUUUCAUUUUCCGCCUUUUUCGUUCGGAUAACGACAGCGUUUGGUUGCUGGGAAAAUGUUGCGGAAGGAAGGACACUAGAAUUUUGAAUCUAAUAGUAUUCAUUUCUGGUGUUUGUCCCUUUCUCCAUCACUACUCAAUAGCUUGCAGUACAUGCAUUUGCUUGAGUAACUUCACAGAUAGAAAAAGCAAGUCCCUUGAAUAUUUCACAUGGAGCAAUAUGAAGUACUGGAGCAAAUAGGCAAGGGAUCAUUUGGUUCAGCUCUUCUCGUGAGGCAUAAACAUGAAAAGAAGAAGUAUGUGUUGAAAAAGAUCCGCCUUGCCCGGCAGACUGAUAGGUCACGCCGUUCUGCGCAUCAAGAGAAGGAGCUUAUUUCUAGAAUUCGAAAUCCAUUUAUUGUAGAGUACAAAGAUUCCUGGGUAGAGAAGGGUUGCUAUGUAUGCAUUGUCAUAGGUUACUGUGAAGGAGGAGACAUGGCAGAAGCCAUAAAGAAAGCUAAUGGAGUGCUUUACCCAGAGGAGAAGCUCUGCAAGUGGCUUGUGCAACUUCUGAUGGCACUUGAUUACUUGCAUAUGAAUCAUAUUCUUCAUCGUGAUGUCAAGUGUUCAAAUAUCUUUUUGACGAAGGAGCAAAACAUUCGUCUUGGUGAUUUUGGACUUGCCAAAAUAUUGACUUCGGAUGACUUUACUUCCUCUGUUGUGGGAACUCCCAGCUACAUGUGUCCUGAGCUUCUUGCUGAUAUACCUUAUGGUUCAAAAUCAGAUAUUUGGUCAUUGGGAUGCUGUAUAUACGAAAUGACUGCACUGAAGCCUGCAUUUAAAGCCUUCGAUAUGCAAGCUCUGAUUAACAAGAUAAAUAAAUCUAUAGUUGCUCCACUUCCAACUAAAUAUUCUGGUGCCUUCCGAGGUCUUGUCAAAAGCAUGCUGCGAAAGAACCCAGAGCUUAGACCGAGUGCUGCGGAGCUUCUCAGGCACCCAUAUCUAGAGCCUUAUGUCUUCAAGAUUCAUCUUAAGAUCAAUAGCCCUAGGCAUAAUGCACUUCCUGUCCAGUGGCCUGAAUCCAAUUACAUAAAGAAAACACGAUUUGCAGAUGCAGAAGAGCUCUCUCUUAAAUCUUACAGGAAGAAGCGACAUUCAUUCAGCAAUGAUAGGGCAUUAAACCCCAAUAUAUCUGUAGGAGAGCAGGAUUCCUUUUGUUCUACGAAAGGAAUACAUGGUAGGUUGUCAGAGUUAUCCAUUGGAAGUAGCAAUGAUGGAACAGUUAUUUGUAAAUCAAUCACUGUUUCAAAACCUUCAAAUAUUGCCAAGGCUUCAAAACUCACUCCCACAAAAGCUUCUGUCACAACUAGGAGACGAACUGAGCCUGUGAAGAAACGUGAAUCUCUUCCUAUUACACGCACUCCCACAAAAACAUCAGUUCCUACAAAUCGCAGAUCAUCUCUCCCACUGCCAACAAGAUCUACAAAUAUCAGAACCCUUCAUGAUAUAAAAUCUCCAGAUGUCUCUGUCAAUGCUCCACGAAUUGAUAGAAUAGCUGAAUUCCCAUUAGCUUCAUAUGAAGAGACAUUCUUUCCUGUCCGCAGAACUUCAUCAACUUCAGCUCAAGGAUCAAGUGGCACUCCCCGUCAUGGGGACUACUCAAUCACAAAAGACAAAUGCACAGUUCAGGUUGACAGAAGCUCUGCCAGGCCCACUUUCAAUGACGAAUGGCAAGGAAUUGAACAUGGCAUGUUUCAGGUAGAUGAAGAUGAAGGAAGCAAUUCCUCUAAUCAAAAUGCAACAGCAGGUGCAUCAAGCCGUACCUCAUCAGACACAAGGCGUUGUAGGUUUGACACCUCAUCAUUCAGGCAACGUGCUGAAGCUCUGGAAGGGCUGCUUGAAUUUAGUGCAAGAUUACUGCAAGAUGAAAGGUAUGAAGAGCUUGGUGUGCUACUAAAGCCUUUUGGGCCUGGUAAGGUUUCCCCCAGGGAAACUGCUAUAUGGCUGACAAAAAGCUUCAAGGAGAAUACUCUAAAAGCUGAAGAAUUAUAGAAACUGAUUCAUUGUGUACCAUAGUUGUAGCUGUGACAGUUUUAGAGCUUGAUCUAUCAGCUUUUCAUCAAUGAUCUAUGAAGAGGCACACAAUACUUAGGUAGAUGUUUAGGUUGUAAAUUUCAAUGCCCCUGAUCUCUUCUCAUUUUUUUGUUUAUUCAAAUAGGCAACGUUAUAUUAUGGAUUCGAACAUUUCUGCAGAUGAGUUUGAGCAAAGGGAAGUAGUAAAGCUGUAAUUUGACAUUAUGUAUGAGAUAGAUCCAUGGAGAAUUUGCAGUGAUUAGACCUGUCAUUUGUUUUU